AUGUUUACCAUAAAAAAAUGUUUUUUACGACACAAAGCAUUAAAGAGGAUAGUUAGUUAUCGUUGUUUGUCAGGACUAAACUUAUGGGACCAAGACAUUUCAUCUGAAAUAAAACAUAAAAUUGAAAAGCACUGGAAAGAUAAAUUAAAGUUUAACCCAUUUAAGGACAGUUCGACAAAUAAGGAAAAAUAUUAUGUAUUGUCAAUGUUUCCAUAUCCAUCAGGAGCUCUUCACAUGGGGCAUGUUAGGGUUUAUACAAUUAGUGACACAGUUGCUAGAUACCAAAGACUGAAUGGUAAAAAUGUCCUACAUCCUAUUGGUUGGGAUGCAUUUGGAUUGCCAGCUGAAAAUGCAGCUAUAGAUCGUAAGAUAGCUCCAGAUGUUUGGACAAAACAGAAUAUAGCACACAUGAAAGAACAGCUUGAGAGAUUAAACUGUAGUUUUGAAUGGGAUAGGGAGUUCAACACUUGUGAUCCAAAAUAUUAUAAAUGGACUCAGGAUUUGUUUUUAAAACUGUAUGAUGAAGGAUUGGUGUAUCAGAAAGAAGCACUAGUCAACUGGGAUCCCAUAGAUCAAACAGUGUUGGCAGAUGAACAAGUAGAUGAAAAUGGCAAUUCUUGGCGUUCUGGAGCAAAAGUAGAAAAGAGAAUCCUCAGACAAUGGUACAUUCGAACUACAAGAUUUGCCAAAAAUCUUCUAGAAGGUCUAAACGAUCCUAUUCUACAAGAUUGGAGGGAUAUAACUAAAUUACAGAAGCACUGGAUUGGAGACUGUGAUGGAGUUAAUUUUGAUUUUACUGUUGAAGGAAAUAAUAAGGAAUUUUUGACUCUGUGGACUUCUACUCCUGAAUAUGUAGAAAAUGUAAAAUUUGUGGCUGUGACUAGUGAUAAUAUAUUAGCCAAAAAGGAAGAUGUUAAGCUUAAGAGUGAACAAGAAACUGUUAGAUUAAGGACACAGUUGAUUAACCCUAUCAAUUCUGCAAAAAUACCAGUUUAUGUUACUAAUGAAGUGAAUUUUUUGCCACUAACAGAUUCAUAUAUUGGAAUACCUGGUGUCUCAGAAGAAUCGACUGACUUUGCAAGAAAAUACAGUAUUACAUUUGAAAAUGUAGAACUUCUUGAAGGUUUAGUAUUAGAAGAAAAGCGCAAUAAUAUAAUUAAUAAAGCAAGAGAAUUGAAAGUAGGAGGUUACUGGACAAGUCCUAAACUAAGGGAUUGGUUAAUAUCUAGACAAAGAUAUUGGGGCACUCCAAUACCUAUAGUACACUGCAAAACCUGCGGCCCUCAACCUGUUCCAAGAAAAGAUCUCCCAGUCAUUCUCCCAGAACUAAAACAUGAAUCCCAAAAAUCUGGAUCACAAUUGGCUGAACUGUCAGGUUGGCUCAACACAACUUGUCCCAAAUGCGGAGGUACCGCAACUAGAGAAACUGACACCAUGGACACAUUUGUUGAUAGUUCUUGGUAUUACUUAAGAUUCGCAGAUCCUCACAAUGAAAAGGAAAUGUUCAGUAAAGAAAUUCUUGACAAAGUGGCACCUGUGGAUUUGUACAUUGGUGGUAAAGAACAUGCUGUGCUUCACAUGUAUUAUGCAAGAUUUAUAAUGCAUUUCUUGCACAGUUUAGGCUUAGUACCAGAAAAGGAACCCUUCAGGAGAUUGCUCGUUCAAGGAAUGGUAAUGGGAAGAAGCUAUAGGAUAAAAGGAACUGGAAGAUAUGUACAUGAAAGUGAAGUUAAAAUUUUAGAUUUGAAGAAAAAUAAAGCUAUUACCAAAGAUACCAACGAACCUGUUAUUAUUAGUUGGGAGAAAAUGAGCAAAUCCAAAUACAAUGGCGUGGAUCCAGAGGAUAUGUUUAGGGAAUAUGGAACUGAUACUACAAGACUACUCGUGUUAGCAGAUGUUGCUCCAACAAGUCAUAGGAAUUGGAAUAACAACACUUUUCCCGGUAUUCUAAAUUGGCAAAGGCGACUGUGGUUAACAAUGCAAGAAUUUCUUAAAACAUAGGAAUACCUUGCCUCCUCCUUUGCCAGAAGAUCAGUUUCAAAGUCACGAUAACUAUAUGUACGAUUCCAGAAACUAUUACGUAAAAGGAGUCUCUUACAACUAUUUAAUCACGCAGCAGAUCAGUGUGGCAGUUUCUAAACAGCAAGGACUGACGAAUAGCCUUAGAAGAGUACCUCCUUCGAUCAUAGCUCACAGCAAACAAUUCGAAAGAGCUUUCGCUGCGCAGAUCAUUAUGUUGGCUCCGAUGGCUCCUUGUUUCGCUUCCGAAUUGUGGAGCGGCUUCGUAACGGCGCCCAAUAGAUUAAAUACUUCUGAGUUUUUGUGGGAUAAAAGCGUUUUCGAACAGAAUUGGCCUGUUACUGAUAUGGACUACAUGUUGGAGUUGGUCUGCCAGGUAAAUGGACAUGAGAAUGCAGUUCUGAAGAUGUCUAGACAACAACUAGAAGAUCUUUCCAAGGAAGCAGCAUUUAAAUUGGCAUUAGAACAAAAAGAAGUGCAGUCAACGCUACGAACGCGAAAUAUACUGGACAGCAAUUUCACCUUACAUACUGGUUUUGAAGCAAUUCUUAACCUGAUAACAGAUCAGCCACUCUCCAAAGCGAAAAUUAGUGAAUUGGAAGAAGCAGGAGCUAGCUGA